CUGAAUGCUGGUUAACCUGGGCAAGAUGGCGCCCUCCACCAUUCAGAAAAUCAAGUCUACAAUAACAGGCAGAGACCCAGAGCAAGACGGAAUUAUAACGGAGGUGCGAUAGUCUUCUUUGAUUCUAUUUUAUUGUCACAGCAUUUCGCAUGAGACCUUCUGCGGGUCUUUAAACUCUUUAGUCGGCGUUUUCUAUGUUGUAGUUGUGGACCAAACUGUUUAGACUGAAAUUUGACUUUAUUUAGAGUUAAACCUUAGUAUCUUGUUUCCGUUCCAUUAUUUAAAAUUUACUUUCUGAAAAUGUUUUAAUUAUAAUCAUAAAAUUUAAUUACACCACAUGCUUACACUACCAUGCAACUGUUGACCUUAACGUUGUGAAUUUAUAGGAGUUUCGAUUCUACACUCAGCUCAUAUUAGCCUAAUUAAAAUGAAAACAUAGCUGUGAUUUUUAAAAUUAUUAUUCAAGCUAACCUUUCACUGCAAUAAAAUGUUAAAUAAUUGGGUAUCUAUUUCCUGUAGUAAAUCUUGAGACUAAAUGAGGAGUUGCUGUGUGAAAGUGAGGACAGGCAUGCAUUCAUUCCACAUUAGAGUUAGAAAUGCUGCUGGCAAUUUUAGAUAGCUGCAACUAAACUUUUUUGCAGAAUAAAGUUAUGGAAUGUAACUGUAUUAUUAAUAGUAUGAAUAAAGAGCCAAGAAAGCUUUAAAAUUAUUGCUUUAAAAUUUUAGUGAAUUGUGUGGUUCAAGAACAUAUCUAGACCUCUUUACUUCAGGAAGAAAAUUCAUUGUGACCAGUACAAUACAGUAUUAACACAACACAUCUAAUAUGACCAAAUUUUGUGGUCAUGCACUGGUCACUUUUUUAUAUUCCCCUGUAUCUUUGUAAGUCUUUGCUCCCAAGAGUGACCAAAGUCAAAAUUCAACAAAAUUUCCACAUUUCAUGUUGUAAGAUGUUGAUAAACAGAAAGUACCACGUGAAAGUUUUGAUUGAAUGGUGACAAUGGAGUAUUUCAUUUACAGACUCAAAUGUCAAAACCACCUCUCAGGACUUAAUAAUAAUAUUAUUUCAAAAGUAGGUUGAGUUUGAUCGCCCGGGUGAAUGUAGUCCUGACUUCAGGACUACGUUCACUUGGACGAUCAAACUCAACCUACUUUUGAAAUGACUCCUGGGUUCAAACCUUUCACAAUAAUAUUAUUGUUGUUUACUAGAUAUCUGAUGCAACUACCUUGAGCUGGUCAACACGGAUCAAAGGAUUUAUUAUUUGCUUUUGUAUUGGUGUGGUGUUCUCCAUUUUGGUAUGUAAAAGAGGGUAGAAAUAAAUUCCAGCUGUAUAUUCAUUGUCUUCAAAAUAAAGGGAAUUGUUUUUCAUUAGCUGAUCAAGGAAUAUGCGGCUUUAACUUCAUUAGAAUCAAACCAGGUCAAGCUACCCCCACAAAUUCUACUGAUUUUAAAAAUUGAAGCCAUUGAAUGUGCUCGAUAUCAGCUUCCUUGUUGCAUUUGAGCAUGCAUAAUGCAGUAGUUUCAAAACAAGCUGUUAACCGCCAGUGUUCUGCUGGCUACUUGAUUAUAUGCCGCCGACUACUCUAGACCCCCCUAGCUUCAGGGGUCUUCCAGCCCCCUCGAUUGUCACAGUCGCCUACUUUUCCAGAGUCAGCCACCUACUUCAAAACAUUUUGAAAGCCCUGAUAAUGAGCAGUGAAUUGGCAUACAUGAUGUUGAUAUAUGUCUUUUUAGAAUUAAUUUUGUCCAUUCAAAACCUCUUUUCAGUCACACUGAGUCUAAAAUUUACCGCUCGCUGUAUACUAGUAUCUAUUUUUUUUUUUUGCAUCAAAAUCAUUAUCGUACUUUGUCAUACCACAAAACACAGGAAAAUGAAAUUUAAACUACGAUAAAAUUGGACCACAGUAUACAAGGUGGCAUAAAAUUUUUUAUAAAUUGCUUGUCUGUAAUUGCUGCUGAAGUUAAAGCAAAUAAUGUUGCCUGUCCAUCAUUACUUGACACCUCAUAUUUUAACGUGCUAACUUGGUGGCUUUCAGACAGCAGUUUUGUUGUGCCGUGAUAAAGAUUGUUUUUAGCAACAAGGACUAACAGGUUCAGUUUUUCAAUUGAUCAGUAAUAUUUAUUGGAUCCAUGUGUGUACAAUGCAUGCUUGACAUGGUCUGCCUAUAAACUGUAUGCAAGGUCGUGCUCUAAGAAAAAAGUGAAGGGAGCCCAGUGCUUGGAGCCUAUGUAAUCCAGGAUGCCUAGUAUAUGAGUUUUAAGAAAAAGCUAAGAUUUUGUAGUCACUUCAGGCAAAAAACAAGACUCCAGGGGCCACUGAGUGUUGCCAGAUCAUGCCCCUGGCAUAGGGUAUUUCAAUACAGCAAUAAAAUUGAUAAUGAUAAAGUAUAAGUAUACAGUGGAAGCUCUCAUGAGUGCACAGCCUCGGGACGGGAAGCUGGAGCUGGCCGCUUACAGAAUGUAAAAGAGCUUGUGUGAGAGUUGAGAAAAACAGGGCAGAAGGCAGCAAUGACAUUGAGGAGAGCUUCCAUGGUAGUUAUAAAUUAUAUUAUAAAUUAUUAGUAUAAAUAAUUGGAUAGAGUAUAGUUAGUUGUCCUUUCUAUGUGUCGUUUUUGUGGCUGCAUAAAUAAGAAAAGAAAUUGUUUCAUCAACUGAGUCAAUGAUAAAGUCAUUUAGCUCUGUAGUUUUUCCAUAUUCUUAUGUGGUGGUAAACCGAUUUCAGAUGAGACCAAAUUUUCGUGUUUCACUCCUACAAAUAUGUGUUUCCACAUUUUUUUAUGAAACUGUCUCCUUCAUUCAUUUGUUAUAAUUAAUUAUUACACUUCAUUUAUUUGAAACAAACCCUUUAAUUAUUUCUAAUAUCUAGUCACCCAGGAAAAAGUUGGGUCUCAAUGCAAGUGUCUCAAGUGUUAGUAUUUAUUCUGUAAAACACUGAAACUCGUUAAAGAACAAAACUAUUUCCAUAGAGCCAAACUUCUAGGGUAUGGAAGUGUAUAGUGUAUAUGGAAGUGUAAAGUGUAUAGUAUAAUCAAAUCUUGCCUUGCGGACACCCCGAUCCCGAUCCCGAUAAUACAGACAGCAGUUAAAUCCCUGGCAAAAAUAGAUUCAAGAUGUUUGACUGAAAUGAUCUUCCACAGACUAUUAUAGACUCUUGCAAAUAAGGACACUCAAAGUUCAACUCAAAGUUCCUACAGUGAAGUUGACUGUAUUAUCUUCUGCAAUAAACAGCAUUACUUGACCAUAAAGAUAAAUUUUUUGGUCUCAGAAUGUUAAAAUUAAUAUGGCUGCAUAUUUAGAUUAGAAAUUUUACUAAUUGCUAAUUGUUCCAAAAAAUACUUAUAAUGUUCAAAACAUGAUGCAGACCGGCCCUUCUAUCCCAUCCUUGUUUAUUAAAAAAAGGCACACGCAAAAUUUUUAAGUAUUAUUUUUAUUUGUGCUCUAUCAAUUAAUUUUAUUGCAACUCAAAUUUUAAUCUCUUUUGUCAGGGAGUGAUAUUUUUAUGGAGGGACGUUAAAUUAUUUGCUGUGUUCUAUUCACUUGGUAACCUUAUGGCAUUAUCUAGGUAUGUACAUUUUGUUGAUUGUAAUAAUGAAAUUUGUGCCUCUUUUUCAAUGAUACAAAUUAAAGUAACCAUUUGCAAGGAAAAACUCAGGGCUUUCAAUAACACCUGGCAACUACCAGUGCUCUGGCAGGUAUUCCUGUUGCAAAGCACCCUGUUGUUACUGAAUGCUUACAAGAGUCAUUGGUUUUAAAGGGGCUUUAUCCAGUCACUUUGUUUAGUCUACGCAAUAACUCUCCCUUAUUUACUAUGAAACAUUUUGGUAGCAAUGAAUUACCAUGUCAUGUAAAUAACAAAUACUCAGCUUUAGUGACCAUUGUGUCUUCCGAGCAUUUUUGUUUUGAGUUAUAAACAACACAAAGAAAAUCAAACUUUGAAAAAAUGGUAAGCUGAACAGUGUCAGUCAAAACCUCAAUAAUUAUUACUAACCUUCUUCUCCUUUUUUGCCCAUCUAUGGUUGCUUUCUUUUGUAUUUGCAUGUAUGUUUUGCUUAAUUUGGUCAACCUAGUGGCUGAACUUGAUUAAAUUUCACAUCACACAGCUCCAAGCUUCCACCUCCAUGUACUUUAGCUUACUCUUACGUCUACCACAGGAGUUAUUGAAAGGUUCCCUUAAAAGUAAAUGUUUUGUUAAUAUGUAAACCCUCACCUAUCAUUGAUUGCUCUUAUUGUAUCAUUUGCCUGUUUCUUUAUUCUGGUUUAUAGUACCUGUUUUCUCAUGGGUCCUAUGAAACAGUUGAGGAAUAUGUUCAAAGAAAAGAGGCUUAUUGCAACGAUAAUCAUGUUGGUAAGAGAAAUAGUUCAUUUUCCCAUUUUAAAGAUUAAAUAAAUGUAAAUGUUGCAAAAAUGAGUCCCUGUUGGGGAAAAAAUCUGAGGUGAAAUGACCUUGAAAUAGCAUCGUAAGACAGAUGAAAUGUUGACAAAUGACAUCAAAAUGGGUUGCGACUGUGACAUGGCCAAGAGCAAUGGAAAAUACAAUAACAAUUGAUUGUAAAAUACCAACAAGGACAAAGCCUCUUUCUCAAUCCUUGAAAUAAAGGGUUUUGAAAUUCAGAACUAUAUUGGGACAUAUGCCCCCCCCCCCUAAGAGGGCCUCACACAUUCAAAUGGAAACCACAAGGGUGGAGGACAAGGAGUUUGCCGCCUGCAAAGCUGCCAUAAAAAUUUAUCUCCAACAAAAUAAGGGUCAUUCUCGUCCACAAAGCAUUGAUUAUCCUGGUCAGUAUUACAGAUUGACAGCUCUGGCUGAACCAGGAUAUUGUGCAAGUGUACCAAUUUGUCAUUUUUAUAGUUGAUGGUUAUCGUUAUUUUUUCAAAAUAAUGUUGGAGGCUACGCUUAUGGCCGGUAGUCUGUGUUUUGCAGACUUACUGCUUUGGCCCCCAUUCGGCCUUUGGCCGAGAAAUAAUUGUUAAAUACACCAUGGCCCUCCACACCUUGGGUCAUCUAAAUCUGACAAAAACAUUUCCAAGAUGCAGUCAAAAUUUAGAGUGUGUAUUAUUUCGCAUGACAUACAGGAUUGCAGUUUGAAAACUUGUUUUGUUUCUUUUUUUCAGGUUUGCCUUAUUCUUACACUGUGUGCUGCCUUAUGGGUGAGUUAUGAAAACACCUUACCUAAUGACCACAUUAUGGGCCCGUGGCAGGGUAGGGGGGUGCUCUAUGAAAGUGACAUGGGUUUUCAUCAUACCUUUCAGGGGGUAAAAUUUUUGGAUUGUUGCCAUAGUGGUUCAAUUUUAUCCUUGGUUUAAAUUUGAUUUUCGUUUGUUUUAGGUAUGGUAGUGAAUCAUAAUGAGUUUAAAACAAGAGAAAUUCAAUACCAAGGAUAAAACUGAAGCACAAAAUUGCCUUUUAGGCUACCACUUGUUAAAAACUGAAAUUACUUAGUGUACAACUGGAGUUGUUGCAGUAAAAAAUGAUGGGAAAUCUUUGUGCAAGUUAAAUGUGUGGAAUUUUUAUAAAUGACACCUCUUAGGUGAACAGUAGAAGGUAUAGGUCCUUAUUUGGCUGACAAACCUGAGGUCGACAGCACGCUCAUUGUACCCCGCUCUUUUUAUCAGUGUUUCAUUUUAUGGGUAUUUAAUGCUUUUUAAAGCUACACUGAAAGGAAAGAAGUCCAACUUAUAGAAGGAUUGGACAUCACACUUAGGAAUGUAUUUCCAAAACCUCUUGCACAGAAGGCCCGGGCACUCUUUUUAGUACAUUUCUUUGAUGUCCACUGCACAACUACAAUGUGAAACCUCCUAAUGCGACAAUUUAUGGAGGACGUGAACAUACUAAGAAAAAUUUUCCUUUCUCUUUUUGAACCAGGAUAAAAUCCUUAAGAAUUCAACUCCAACAAAAAUCGCCUACAUUUGACAAAUGGAGUUCGUCCUAAUAAACGCAAUAGAAUUUGAAAGGACGCAAAUUCACUAUUUUAUCAACAUUUUCAUUGUUGUCGUCGUUGUCAUUGCUUACGCUCCCCUUUAUACAUUGUAAACUGGUCACUAGUCAUAAAAUACAUGUAUUGGUCACCAGAAAUAAGGACAUUUUGUCGAAUAGUACAUGAAGGGUUUGAAAUAAUCAAAGUUGUUAUGCAUGCAGGGUAGAAGAGAUGAAUAGAAUAAUGGAGACUAAACAAUGUGAGAUAAUUAGUGAUCUUACUUUAGCUUUAGAAAGACCAUAAACACAACUGCACAGCUUGGCACAUGAAUGCCAAACACAGGUCACCAAAUUGGCAGCUUUUGCUUUAGUUUUCAUCAGAAUUUUUUUUUUAACUUAGCCACGGCAACCCUUUCCAUGAGUCACCUUGCUUCAGGACAACUUAUUCAAAUUUAGCAUCAAGCGCUAGACUCAAGCUCAAACAUGUACAACAGCUACUGUCACUGUUUGAAAGCCUAUUAACUCUUCUGUUUCGUUUGUUUCAGUGGGAAAACAAAGGACUGGCUUUGCUGUUUUGCAUUCUUCAGUAUUUAGCAAUGACGUGGUAUGUAAAUGAUAUUUUCUGUCCAAUAACAGCUUAUACACUGCGCUGCAAUUGCAGCUUUUUGUUGUUUGUUUUCACUGUGUGGCUAUUGACGUCUUUUUUAUUUAAUGCUGUUUUUUCUUUUACUUAGGUACUGUCUUUCCUACAUUCCAUUUGCAAGGUACUUCAAUAAAUUAAUUUUCUUGUAACCAUUUAAUUGUUAAAUGUUAUGAAAAUUAUUUUCAUAACUUAAAUGAAAAUUAUGAAAACUUACUUAUGAAAAUUAUAAUAAUUAUAUUUUCAUAACUUACAGUGACUCUAUUAUGGGCUGCAGCUAAUGCAUUUAGGAGCCAAAAAAUGUUGCUUUGGGGAAGAAGUACUUUUUGAUAGAACUGAGUUUGAUUGUUUCUGUUGACUUACCAUGUGCAGAAAAAAGAGUAUUAACUAGAAAUAUGUUAACAGGUUGUUGCUUGGUUAGUAUCAGCCGGCUAAGCUGCUUAGCAUUUCUUUUCAGAUGGUGUUUUUUGAAUAAAAUAUCCCUGUACUGGCCGGUUACUUUGACAACUCAGCCAUAUAAUUAAAAGCUUUCUGACAACCCUCUGUUAAUCACAACAACCAGCAAGAAUAUUGUUAUUAAAUAUUGUUAACAGUAAUGUUUGAUAAAGUGGUAGGUGUUUAAUUUUCUACCAAGUUUAAAGGCAAGAUGUAGCUACUUGAUCUGAGCAAAUUGCAAGUUAUUUGAAUGGCUUCAAACAAUUUUUUGCCCAUUAUUUUAUUCAACAAUUCUAAGGUUUUCUGAUUGUUUUGCCCAAAAAAGAAAAAAUGGGGCUAGGCAAAACUCUGUUGUAUUAAUGACGUUUGUUUGAAGAUGAACCUCAAGCAGGUCUUGUUAAACAUUUGAAAUGUGUUACUUCCAAAACGUUUGGUGCUUGUUUUCUAUUAGUGGCUAUCAGUGUCUACCGUGUGAGCAGAGCUCCUUUGAUCUUGCUAGUUAAGCCAGGAAAUCUAAGUACCUCUACUGGAAGGGUAAUCAGUGGCUGAUUCCCAGCUGUCACGCACUCCAAAGAGAAACUCUCUUAACCCUUUAAACCCUAAGAUCAAAAUUUGAAUUCUCAUUUGUCAUCCCCAUUCAUUUCCUACAAAAGUAGUGGGGAGAAGUUGAUAGAAUAUCAAGUAAAUUCAGUAUUCUUCUUGUGUGAUCAUGUCCGUAAUUCUCAUGACCACUCUGUUUUACAAAGCAUUGAUAUUACAAGGAGAAGCUUGAUGCUAAUCACUCUUAGGGCUUAAAGGGUUAAUUCCUGGAAUGGUUUUUCCUUGGUCUUACCAUAUGUCUCAUCCUUUUAAUCACUUCGUUUUUCCACAGGGAUGCUGUGAAAAAGUGUGUCACGAGUUGCCUUGCAUGAGUUAGUCAACUUCAUUGAGCUUAGGUGCACAGAUAAAUAUUAAAUAUUAACUAUAAUAAUAUUCACCUCAGUUGAGGUGUGUAAUUUAAUAAGAGGGCGUGUGCGGAAGAACGUCUUAUAUGACUCCUAAUGUGAUGUUUAAUUCUCCUGUUGUUUCAUGACAGUCUUUCAGAAGUCACUUGGGGCUAUUUUGCAGGCACACGUCCAUUAUUUUCAGUGUCAAUCAUGCAAUUGAAUAGCCAGGGUAAAUUUUGUUUUAUCCGUCUUCAAACAUGUGAAAUAGUUAUGACCUGUUAUGUUCAGGCACCUCCAAGUAAGCUAAUCAGAGUGCAAAUAAAAGACAGUGUUCUAGCCUGCGAGCAAGCUCUCCUAUUUGGGCAAGUGAAGUGCCCCUCGCGGCUUCACCCCUGGCUCACACGUUCUCGCGAGACUCAUUUCACUCGCCCAAAUAGGAGAGCUUGCUCACAGGCUAACAGUGUUCAGCAGUGGAGGAUCCACGGGGAGGGGAGGGGAGGGGGUCCUGAGCCCCCCAGGGGAAAUCCCAUAUGAAAGAGAUAAGGAUGCUUGUGGAGAACUUAGAGUUAAACCCCCUAAGGAGACCAAUUAGUGUGUAGCUCCAGCUUUAUUUCUUUACUAAAGGAGGCCAUACACUGCACCCUAACACAGUAUGAUGGUAUUUUACCUAUAUCUAUGUACAUGGUAUUUCUACGCACACAACCCUAAGUAAUUCAUCGAGGGUAAAAAUUUUGGCUUUCUGUCCAUAAUACCCUACUUGAGACCAAAGUCGGCAAUCAACCCUAAGCAAGAUGGCAAGGAUCUUUGUCACUUUCAUAUAGCAGUCCCCCCCC